GAUACAAAAACAUGGUGGUCAAAUCGUGAGCACACGACUCCACACGACCUGCUUUUACUGUUUUUCUUUCAGCCCAAUUGAUGUUUACUUUUCAGAUUGUGAAGUGUUUUUCUUUCUAACCAUUUAUUCUUCUGCUUAGCUUUAAGAAAAGUAGUCAGUUUUUCUGUGAACUCCUUAUAUUCUGAAGAAACUUACUAAAUAUGGAUGUGAUUACUAUUUCAUCGGAUGAAGAGGAUAAUACGAGCUCGGGUGACAGAUGCACCCCAGAAGUGGAGGUAAAGCCUGAAGUAGGUCCACUUGAGUGUGUUGAAGAAAAGGUACCAAGUGCCACAGGGAGAGAGAAGAAAACAUUAUUUCAGAAGUUUGUGGACACGUGUAGAUCAAUUUUGAACAAAAACGAUGCGGUAGUUCUCACCAAGAUCAUGAAAAUACACGCCAAGGCGGCGCCGGUGUACACAGACUCCGUGGAGUUCAGCCUGCUGCUGAAGAGAAAGAUCGGAGACGUUUCGGGGGACCCGCAGAACCCGUACGUCCACAUCAAGGAAGUGGCCGACGAGCUGAAGCUCAGGAGGCGGAGGACGCUGGCGCCGGCGAGCGCCCAGAACGGGAGCAGCGUGAGCAACGGGCACUCGUCCGGGGACGCCGGCACGAGCGCGCUCCACGGCAGCUCUCCGCUCGAUGGCUUGUCGGAGUGGGACAGGAGGCACGUCAGGAGACUGACGCAGACCAUGCGGAAGUUGGAUAGAAAGAUACAAGUCUUGGAAACAAAGGAGGUGGAUUUUGAUGAAGAUAAUGAUUCAGCGUACAUUAGACUUCAAAGGCAUAGGGAAAGAUUUUGCCAAGUGAGACAAAAGUUGUCCCAAUAUCUUCCAGAAUACAAAUUGCGUAAACCAAGAGUGUCUUUUCCAGUCCAUACACAUCCCGAAGUUUUUCGACGCCUGGAGAAUAUUGUUAACAAGACUAAACAAUUUCCAGACUACCAUGAUGUGCUUAGGACAGUCAUCGAAUGCAAAAUAUCAUCCAAUGCAGAUGAAAAUCAAAGGAUUGCUUGCAGUGCCUUCGAGGUGAUCGGUGAUGAACUGCAGAAGAGGCGGCAGUACGAAGACUGGGCAUCGAUAUCUUCGUUUCUGGGGAACGAUCACGACCCUGCGCUGGACAGCCCCGAUCUCGCAGAGAAGCUGAAGCAGAACCAGGAGGAGGCCAAGUCGAAGAUAGCGUUGGUUAUCAAUGAAUUUGUUGAGCGUGAAACGGAAUGUAAACUAGAACCAAAAGAAGUAGGGGAAGAGGAAGCAGAGAUGUCAGCAGGAGAAGGAAGUGGCCAAGAGGAUGAAGAAGAGAUCAAAGAUGUGGAAGACGAUGCAGAUGAAGACGACAUUCUAGAUGAGGAUACAGAAAUGGCAGGUGACUCAUGAGCAGUGGUGCUGGUGGUGUGUACAUAAGCGCUUCAAGAAGGUCCUGCUACGGAUCAGAAGGCUGAAAAUAGUUUUUUUUUUUUUUGUGUUAUAAAUAAAAAAUAUUUAGAUUUAAUGUAUGAUAGCUUUUCAUGUCAGAAAUAAGUGUGUGUGAUUUAUGUGAUUAUGGUUUCUGGAAGAAAGCACAACUAGUUGGGAUAGUGAUUGUCCAACAAGAAGUGGUAGGACUUGUUUACAGAGAUUAACAGUUUUCAGUAGGCCUGUGCGAGAACUAGUUUCAAAUUUAAUGUUUUAAACAUUCAUGAAGUCUAAUCGAAUUACGAAUAUUGUCUCGGGGAAGCUGUAUUAAACUUUAUAAAGUACAGGAUUGGGGUAAAAAUAUAUAAUUGUUUAAUGUGUGUAAUGUUUGAACUGAUACGUGAUUAACCAAUUGGGCUCUAUAUAUAACAUCAUUCAAUAAUAAUUAUAAAAUAACCGUGCAUAAUAUCAAUAUUGAGCAUCCAUAAAACCUAACGAGGUGUCAACCUUUGAAUAUCACAAGUAACCAACUUUAUUCAAGCAAAACAUAUACAACAAAAAAAAAAAAAAAAAAAAAAAAAAUAUUUUCAUGAUCAUAUCUUAGGCUUCCAAAGUUUUAGUAAAAGAAAUAGCAAAUUUCCUCGAAAAUAUGUCAAAUUGAAUAUUAAAAAGAGCUUCAGUUGAUUCACGUAGUCGAAGCUUCGCACAGGCCUAGUUUUUUAGUUGGAUUACCCAGUUUCCCACUUUAUCGUUGAUUUCUGUUUGAUUUAAUUGAUGAAAUGUUGUUAACCUGAUUUUGAUUCUGAUGUCCAGUGUAGAGGAAAUACAUGUCAGUGAAAUUGUGGAGCCAGUUUUAAAAAUAGAAGUCAUGGGAUACAUGAUGCUGAGGAAUCUCAGAGCAAAAAUAAGACUGAUAUAGUAUACAGUAGAACCUCUGUAAGUCAAACUCGAAGGAAGACGCCAAAAAAUUCGAGUUACAGAGUUUUCAACUUAUGAAGGAUUUCAACUUAAGCGGGAUUUUGAUUCGACAUAAAGAGGUUAAGAUUCAUUCUUAUACAUUUUGAGUUAGAGAGGUAAAAUAAAUAAAAAUUCAAGUUGCAGAGGUGACAAACAUAUUUUUAUUUAUUAUAAAUCAACAUUAUUUCAACUAACACUAACACUGAUACAUAUUUUGGCUCCGACACUGCUCAAACCAUUUAAGUAAGCACUCCUCCAAGCUUGGAAAAUCUGCAAUUCGUCGUCUUUUGCAGGACAAACUUUGACCGUUUUGUAUUUUUCUCAUGAUGUCUGAUUCAUUUUUUAUUAUUGUUGAGAGAGUACUCAUUGGCAGGCCAAAUUGUUCAGCAACAUCUUUCUUCUUUUGACAGCUCUUCACAGAUUCGAGCACUUCCAAUUUUUUAGCGCGAUUCAAAGUUUUCCGUUUAAGUUUCACAGCACUCAUGUUUUAACAAUUUUAUUUGUAAACUGUUGUACCAAUGGAUGUGUAGCAGUAACAGUCAACAACAAAAAGGACAUGCUUCGUUAAAGUUCAAAUGAAAUCAAAAAUAAUCAAAUUAAACACCUGACACCAAGCAAGCAAACACGUGAGUCAUAAAUUCGUGGUAAUCUGGUAAUCCUAUUUAUUGUAUACUCCUAAAUUGAUUUCUAAGAUACAAUGGUGUACUUACAUUGUCGGUAACUUAUUUUUCUUCGAACUAUAGAGGUAAAAAGUUAUAAUAAUAGAGUUGUAAAGGUGGUAAAAUAAAACAUUGCUAUGUUCGAGAUACAGAGGUCUAAUUUAAUUUUUCGAGUUAUGGAGGAAAAAUCUGUACCAAAAUGUCUUGGAGGGACUCACAGAUUAUUUCGACUAAUAGAGGGUUGAGAUUUCGAGCAACGAAGGUUUUGGGGCUUGAAUGGAAGGGAACACAACAUUUUUUCGAGUUUGGGAGGUUUUCGACUUAUCGAGGUUCGACUUAAAGAGGUUCUACUGUACAUGUUAAUUUUUAGAAUUAAUUUUUGUUACAUAAUUGUGUUUCCAAACUUUUCUAAAGAAAAAAGGCUAAAGAAUAGUUCCAAUUUUCUUAGACUGAAAAGAAGGAUUUUUUUUUUAAUUUAUUAAUUUUUUCUCUCCAAAAUAAUUUGGUGAUAUUUUGUUACUGGAUGUCUGUGAACUGGGGAAACUCAGAACCAAGAAAAUGGAAGGGAUUUUAUGCAACUAGCAAGCAGCCAAUAAUUCUUAGAGUGGUAAUUUUAUGUUGUGCUGGAUUCUUCUUAACUCACUGAAGAAUUAUCUUAUUCUUCACAUGCUUCCAUGUGAACUUUUAUCUUACAACCAUAAAUGGGGAGAAAAAAUGCUUUUUAGUCCCAAAUGUUUCCCUCUGCCGAUAAAAAACACGUAGCCCACCACCAAAAUGUAGCUCAUAAUUUUGUUAUUUAUGUUAAUUUUACCCAAGACUUUCAGCCAAUUUCAUGCUGAUAAAAUUAUUUUUAUUGGACUUUUCUCUGAAUUAUUUGUAAUUGUUAGUAUUAAUAAACAAGUCACACUAACUUUGCUUUGCUGCACAUAGGUUACAAGUCAAACAUAAAUUUUACAAAACCUUGUUUUGUACAGCUUGUUCAUACAUCUAUUGUCACUCUAACCUUAUUAGACCAUAUAUUUUUUUUUAUUAUUCUAGUAACAAUUUCUAAUUAUUCUAUUAACAAUUUCUAAAAUACUAGGCAAAAGCUAAGAAAAAGCUUGAUUGUAUUUUCUUAAAUUUUCUGCUGGCUGCCUAAGUACUCUGAUUUUAAAACAUGUCUUAUAUUUUAUACUGUGGGUCCAGUUUUGACUUAUUAACAAAUGUAAAUAAUUCAUUCUUGAUGACAAGCGAGAGUUGCAGAUAUUAUUUGCCGUAAAUAAUUCGCAGACAUAUUUCAGCCAUGAGAUGUGAACCUUGACUACCAUAUAGGUUAAUUAUAGUUACCCAUCGCAACUCACUAUGUACACCCAUUCACAAUUCUAAUCUCUUGUCCUUUCUUUUGAAACGUGCCUGAAUCUUGAUCUUGGAAACAGGAGCUAAUGCAAGGAAUUCUGUUUGAAUCUUUAUAAGUACAUUAUUAACUGUUAUUUAGUGUUCGUUCUUUGACCUAGAGUAAUAUAUUAAAAUGGUUACUAUCAUCCUUUCCCAGUAUAAUUCAAACUCUAGGUCUCUUUGUUUGAUCGAAAUGUCAUAUUGUGAAAUUUAAUUAUAUUUAUAACUUUAGACACUAGUUACUAUUGCCCAGUCUUCCUGUUAUUUUGUGUGUUAAUAUUCAUUGAUUUGAUUUAGUGCAUGUAGAUACAUACCUUCAUAAUACGUAAAAUUUGUAUAAGUAGCAUAAUGUUAAGUUAGCAUUUUCUGGUUGCACAUUUAAUUUGAAUGUCCUUGUUAGUAAAAUUUGUUUAGAAAAGUAAACAUUUUGUGAUAAAUGGUGGUGUGGUUUUUCUCUGUAGUGUUGUAUUGUACCUCUCCUUUACAUAUUCUUCAAUAGAUUGGUAGAUGUAGCAGUGUCUUUAUUUACUAAAGGACUUUUUCCCACAAGGAAUUCACACCUACUACCUUUAAUUAAAAGCAUAAAUCAAGGAAGAAUAAUCCUUAAGUCCUUUUUUUUUACUCUAUUGAUACUUUUUUUAACAAUGUAUGUUAACAAAAUAUAAUUGGUUGCUCUGAACAAUGCUAAUCGUUGCAAGUUUUAUUAAAAGCUGGUUCCAGAAGAUGUUCACUUAACUUGUACAUUUGGUUGAAGUUCUCUUGAAAAAUGUUGAUGCUGGAUUUUAUGUUGUGCUGAGAAUAUUUGACAGUGUUAGUGGUUACUGCACAAAUCACAACAUACAAACAACGAAAUACCCUGUCUCUGGAAUGUAGAUACGUGCUGUGUUACACUGCAUUUCAUUUUCUGGUCUGUCACUGGACGUGACCAUUAUUCCAAUAUUGUCACUCCCAGGUAGAAUUGUAGUUUGUCUGAGGUUGCAAGGUCUGUACACAUGGGAGACGUGGCAUUGCAAGGAAACACACAAUAGAUAUCUCCAAGAGCUGGCAGUCACCAUUUCCAUCCUUGUUUCUUCUCCUUUAUUAUGGCUUCCAAAUCUCCCUUAGUUUUUAAUUUUUAUGUCUGAAAAAAGCAGGCCAGCAUCAAUUAAGACAAAAAUAGUGUGUGCCGCUGAAAACAUUGGAAGUUGAGACACGCUGACAUACCAACCCUUCUCCAUGCAGCAGCUGCAAUGUUUUAAUGCAUCAUUGUAUUAAAAAACACCUUAUUAUACAUUCAAAUAAGGAAGAGACAGUUCUGUUGAACUUAAGGCAUAAUUAGAUGAGUAUAAAAGUUCUUUUAUUUGUUAUCUGUAGCCUUUGAGCUGAUGGAUGGUUAUCUUGUUUGUCUUAAACACUCGGGAACGCUGGACAUUGUGGUUUAAAGAAAUACACCUGAGGUGCUGUGAACCCGAGACUCUUGCUUUAUUACGACCUGCCCGAACAUGAUUUGUCUCGGAUGAUGGUCGGCUGGUCACUUCCCAGUUCUGCACAACGGGGUUGUGGGCGAGAGAAAGACGAGCGGUCUGUAGAAAGCAACGCAUGGUGGCUAACGCUGGCGAGACAUUGGGGUAGUUGGUUGGAGGGGAGUGUGCUGAACGUGUGUAAAACUGCUCGCAUGCACGUAUACUUGGGUACAUCUUAACACUGCUCUCUAUACUCCGUCUACUGUUUGGGUUAUUCUAUGUCUGGGAUAUCAAGGUCCAGGAUAUUGAGAGUUUGGUGUUAAUAUGAAAAUCACAACCACUCAUCGUUUCAGCUGGAAAACUGUGUAAAAUAUGUACCUAACUGCAAAUAACUUAAAGGAAGCUUCUAAAUAUGAUACAAUUUUUAAAAUAUUUUAAUAGUACAGCAAAACAUAGUUAGGAGAAUUAUACUGCAUUGUAAAUAAGCACUGGUAAAAUGCAUGUUCUGCAAGUUAUGCAAACACAAGUUCACAAAAACAUCUUAAGCAGUGCAGACACUGCAUUCCUUCAUCGCUCCGUUCCCAUCUCAUCGGCCCUCAUUGCUUCCAGUGACCCUUAUGUCACUCAUUUAUUAAUUUGAAACACUUCACAGUACCUCUACCGUUAGCUACAAGAUUAAGCACUAUUCUGCAUCGGCUUAGGUGGCAUAUUAGAUGUUUGCACUUGAACUGCUUUCGUGCACCCCUGUCUCGCAUACAUAAUGACAGUUUUUAAGGAUAUGUAAGUAUUUUCUUCAUUCACAAAAAGUAAUUUGCGCCAUAGCUGCAUGUAUAAGCUCAAAAAGCAUAGGUUAAGGCAUAUUUAAUUAUUAUAUGGCUAAAUACUAUCUACAGUAUAACUGGAGCUGUUUCAAGUUUAGAGUUUUUUCUACGUUGAAGCUGUUAGUUUAUCAUUGAUCACUCAUUUUGUUACACUCUAAUGAGUUGAUUUUUAUAUUUUUAAG